CGCGGUUGCUAGGCGACGGCGGCCCCGCCUCCUCCCCGGCCUGGCCCUUCCGGGGGAGGCCCCCCCGCUCCUCCUGCUCCUCCCGCCUCGGGUGGCCGGCAGCGAAGGGCCCCGCAGCCGCAGCAGAAUGGCCAUAAAGGAUGCAAAGGCAUACCAUUCCAAGGCAGCCAUACAGAAAAAGAAAAAAAGUAAAGCUGCUGCCACUGGUGAUCAAAUCAUAGUUCUAAUAGAUGAUGAUGGAGAAAAAGAAAUGAAGGUGAAGAACAAAGAACUUCUGGGAAAAGAAAAUGGCUUGGAUCAGAUGGAUACGAAGAAGAAGAAAAAAAAGAAAAAGAAGACUAAAUCAAAGAACAGAGACCAUCCCAUUGUUAUACAAAGCAGUUCAGAUUCAGACUCUAUAAAAGAAACAGAGAAAAUAUCUAAGAGAUUCAAGAAAAAGAGAAGCCGAGGAUCUCCGUGUGAACGAGAGGGCCACUGUGCAGUUCCUAGCCAAGGGGUGCCCAAAGAAUGCCAAGAAGCCAGUUUCCCCAUUAGUAAGAAAUGCAAAAGGGAUACUCCAGAGAGCCAUGGAGACACUGCUGAAUUUGUUCCAAAGAGGAAGAAAAAGAGAAAGCAUAAGCCUACUUGUUCCUUGACCCAUGAGGGUGACUCUGAAAAACACUUUCCCCAAAAAACAGAUACCAUCUCCCAGGAAAUGAUACCCUCUAGCAGAAGAAAGAAAGCUAUGAUAGUCCAGAGUACUGGAAGUGUCUGUGAUAUUGUCAAGAAAACCGAAGAACUGAAUUGCAAGGAGAGAGCCUUUGGCUGUAAGCAGCAUCCUGAGAAUGUUGCCCAGAUGUUAGACAAGGUGAGUAGAGCAAUGAAGAAGCAGCUGUGGAAAAAGUUGAAGAAGCAGUUGAAGGAAAAGAAGCCUUCUUCCCUCUUGCCAGAUAACCAGGAGGAAGGCGAUCCUGGUGUUCCUCAUGAAAGUGGUCGUAAAACCAAAUCUGGGAAAAAAUGUCUUGAGAACAAUGUGGGCUUAAUGCAAGACUCUGAAGGAGGCAGCAAAGUAGUUCAGAAGAGAAAAAUCCAAACAAAUGGUGCUCCUCCAGCUUUUAUGGAGGACAAUGGAGACCUUAGAGACUUAGCAGUGGAAAAAAUGCAAAAGAAAGGGAAGAAAUCCAAAGAGACGCAAGGCCAUAGUGACGGCAGCAGAUUCUCCGAGAAGAUCAGUGAAGAGCAUGUCAGAAAGAAGAAGAAGAAUGGAAACUCCCAAGACUCCGGGGAAGAGCCCCUUUUAAAGAAAAGAAAGAUUAAAACAGAAGCAAAGGAAGGGGAAGAUGAAAUCAAGGUGGUGGCAGUUAAGAAAGGAAACUGCGAUGAAAUAAAUAUAGACAAGCUGAGACGGCGGGCUCUCCAAGACGAGAUUGACCAGGAGUCUGGCAAGACGCAGGCCGCCAAGCAAGAGGCAGAAUCGGGCACCCAUUUUGGCCAGUGGAGCACAGCAGCGUUUAGAAGUGCAGAGCAGAAAACAAAGUUCCUCCGACUGCUGGGAGGUUUCAAGAAGGGGUCUGCACCAGCCCAAGAUGCACCAGCGCAGGCAGCCCAACUGAACAUGGCGCUGUCCAGGGCCGGAGAGGAAAAACUGCAGCAGAACCUGCAAGCCGACUUUGAGAAGGCGAUACAUUUAAAGCAGCACAGAGGCAUCGGCCUGGGAUUUCCAGCUGCUACCCAGAAGCGGCUGCACAUCGAGAAAUACACAUCUAAAUCUAUCAAAUUUGAAGACUGAACUCUCAGGGAGGGAUUCCUGGCACAGGCUUUCCUCUCUUUUGCAGGGGGAAUAAUGCUUGUAGAACGAGUUCAAACUUCAGGAGGCCUCGCCCUAAAAUGCAUUUGCUGCUAAGUAACUAAGAUCUCUGCUCCUGUGGUGGUCAUGGCCAAGGGGAGAAAUAUCCUCCAAGAAUAUGAGCUCGUUACCUUUGGGCAGCUGGGGAUGGAGGACUCCCCCCCCCCAGAAUUUUGAACAGUUCAUAGUCUCGGAGGCAGGGUUGAAUUCCUGGUCAUGCAGCGUCUUCUCGGAUGGAUGCACGACCCUUUGAUGCUUCUCCUCUUACAUCUUUUUUUUAACACAAGCGAUGGCAUUUGAAAGUAGGCCUAUGCAUUGUCUAAUUGGAUGACUAAAAUAUGCAGGGUCCUCCCCACCCCCGAAAAAAAGUUGUCUGUGAAUCUUUCAGAAUAAAAUGAUUUUUAAUGUA